CCCUCCUCUCCGGGCUCUAUGCCGUAUUCCGCGCCGAGUGUCGCGCAGUCCGUCAUGGGGAGCGGAGAGUCGGGCGGGCCGUAGAGGAGAAGGUCGUAAUGUCGGCUCUGGCCGCCCUCCUCCUGGGCCGCUCCCCGGUCUCCCUCCUCGGCUGUCCCGGCCGUACGAUCCUCCGGGGGGUCCGAGCCACACAUGUCCUCCUCCGUCCCGUACCGAGCCCGGCAUGUGCACCGAUCACCGCCCGGAUACCGGAACACCUACCGACACCCUCCGCCCGGAUAUUGUACCGGAGACACCGAUCCGACAUUCCCCCGGGAGAGAGACCACCGGAGACACGGGGAGACCCCCUCCCCCACCGUAACCUGUAUGAGAACCCGUGGACCAUCCCCAACCUGCUGUCUAUGACCCGGAUCGGUCUGUCCCCCGUGUUGGGCUAUCUGAUCAUCGCACAGGAUUUUAACACUGCGAUCGGCGUAUUCGGUCUCGCAGGACUGACUGAUCUGCUGGAUGGAUACAUUGCGCGGAAUUGGGCCAAUCAGAAGUCUGCGCUGGGGAGCGCUCUCGAUCCACUUGCUGACAAAAUCCUCAUCAGUGUCCUAUAUGUAUGUUUAACAUAUGCAAAUCUGAUUCCAGUUCCCCUCACAGUAUUGAUCAUUUUAAGAGACAUUGCCUUGAUUGCCUCUGUGUUUUAUGUUCGAUAUAAGACACUGCCGCUGCCUAGAACAGUUGGAAAAUAUUUUAAUCCUUGCUAUGCAACUGCUCAGUUAGAGCCAACGUUUAUCAGUAAGAUGAACACGGCAGUUCAGUUAAUACUGGUAGCAGCUUCAUUAGCGGCUCCUGUGUUUAAUUAUGUGGAUAGUGUCUAUCUUCAGGUACUAUGGUGUAUCACUGCUUUCACAACGACUGCCUCAGGGUACAGCUAUUAUCAUUAUGGACAGAAAACGGUGAAGGUUUUGAACAAUGAAAAAAUGAAACAUUCAUGAAGAACCCUCAGCACCAUCACUUGACGGACAUAAUUUCAUGUUGGUGCUCUUUAACUGAUAAACUCCAAUCGUAAGCCUAAUGAACUGGAUAAAACCGAAUCAGUCUGAUUAUUAUUUAUACACAAAUAUUCAAUAUUUGAAUUUUGAUAUAAUAAAACAUGGUGGAUUUGAA